AUGUGUGAGCGCAGUCUCUACAGAGCCGGCUACGUGGGCUCGCUUCUCAAUCUGCAGGCAUCCGACUCCUUCUACUUCUCCAACCUGCGGCCUAAUGGCGGCCAGCUGGCUGCGCUGCCCCCCAUCUCGUACCCUCGCGGGGCGCUGCCCUGGGCUGCUGCGCCUGCCUCAUGCGCCCCCGCGCAGCCUGGAGGUGCCGCUGCCUUCAGUGGCUUCUCACAGCCCUAUUUGGCUGGUUCUGGGCCCCUUGGCCUGCAGCCCCCAGGCUCCAAGGACGGACCUGAAGAACAGGCCAAAUUCUAUACAUCUGAUGCGGUCACUGGGACUGAGGAGCGCGGCCGCCCACGGCCGCCCUUCGUCCCCGAGUCUAGCCUGGCCGCUGGGGCCGCUGGCCUCAAAGCCGCCAAGUACGACUACGCUGGUGUGAGCCGCGCAGCUGUGGGCUCUGCUACCUUGCUCGAGGGGGUCCCCUGCGCCGCCGCCAGUUUCAAGGAUGACGCCAAGGGCCGGCUCAACUUGAACAUGACAAUGCAGGCGGCUGGUGUUGCCUCUUGCCUGAGACCUUCACUGUCCGACGGCCUGCCGUGGGGGGCGGCCCCGGGGAGGGCCCGCAAGAAGCGGAAACCCUACACGAAGCAGCAGAUUGCUGAGCUGGAGAACGAAUUCCUCCUCAACGAAUUCAUCAAUCGGCAGAAGCGCAAGGAGUUGUCCAACAGGCUGAACCUCAGCGACCAGCAGGUCAAAAUCUGGUUCCAGAACCGGCGCAUGAAGAAGAAGCGCGUGGUGCUGCGUGAGCAGGCCCUGGCGCUCUACUAG